UCUUGCAUGUCGCUGCUCACUGCAUGUGUGUGACRCCUGCCACAGGAAAACCAGCCUCGCUCACCUGCCAAGACAGUGCUGCAGGAGGACAGAGGGGGUUCCUGGGUUGUAUCAGAGCUUUACGGAUGAACGGCAUCACCCUCGACCUGGAGGAAAGGGCCAAAGUCACGCCCGGGGUUAAGCCCGGCUGCCAGGGUCACUGUACCAGUUUUGGGAUGUACUGCAGGAAUGGAGGGAAGUGCGUGGAAAGGUAUAACGGCUAUUUGUGCGACUGUACCACCACUGCCUUCAAYGGACCGUUCUGCACCAAAGAUGUCGGGGGUUUCUUCGAGGCAGGAACAAUGGUCAAAUACAACUUCAUGCCUGAGCCAGUUCCAGGGGCCAGUAAGGAUACAAAAGCCUUGACGCAGCAGCUGAUGCCAAACGAAGUGAAUCUGACGAAGGAGGAAGUGGCCUUCAGUUUCAGCACAUCCAGCGCUCCGGCCAUUCUCAUGUAUGUGAGCUCCAAGACCCAGGACUACCUAGCUGUGGUGCUGGGACACAAGGGUUCACUGCAGGUUCGAUAUAACCUGGGUGGUCUGAAGGAGCCCUUCGCAAUAGAUGUGGACCAGCGGGACCUGGCCAACGGCCAACCACACAGCAUUAACAUGUCCCGUCACAACAGAAGCAUCACCAUCCAGCUGGAUCACUACCCUGCAGUCAGCUACAGCCUCCCAGACGCCUCAGACACACAGUUCGACCUGGUCAAGACACUCUUCUUAGGCAGAGUUUAUGAAACGGGACCCGUGGACCCGGUCCUCGUCGAGCAGUACAAUACGCCGGGCUUCGUCGGGUGUCUGUCGCGGGUGCAGUUCAACGGAGUGGCCCCCCUCAAGUCUGCGCUGAGGAAAGCGGCGCAGGCGCCGUCCACGUCGACAGGCGGUCAGGCGGACAGACAGCCCGUGGCGGCCUCGCCCGUGUCUUAUCAGGGCAAACUGGUGGAGUCCAACUGUGGGGCGUCGCCUCUCACCAUCCCACCCAUGUCUGCUGCAACAGAUCCCGGGCAUCUGGACAACACAGAUGCAAAGAUCCCCUUCAACGAGGAGAGAGUCAUUCCUGAUGGAGUCAACAGAGACUCGGCCAUCAUCGGAGGUAUUAUCGCCGUGGUGAUCUUCACCAUCCUUUGCACCCUGGUGUUCCUGAUCCGCUACAUGUUCCGCCACAAAGGCACCUACCACACCAACGAGGCCAAGGGCAGCGGCGAGUCCGCCACCGAGUCCGCGGACACGGCCAUCAUCGGCACCGACAACCCGGAAACCAUCGACGAGUCGAAGAAGGAGUGGUUCAUCUAACCGCGGGGGGGCGGGACUCAGAGAGACAGGAAGCGGUUUGUGAGACCAUCACUCGUCCCCGGGUGGAGGAGGGUUAAUCAAACCACCGAUCACUGGAGAUUCCGAGGGUUGCCUGUUUGGCAGGACGACAAACUCCCAGAGAAGGUGGGAUGUGGGAAGGCUUUUUGUUUUGUUUUUUGUUAUUUGUUUUUCUAUCCAGAGUGUCGCGGAGAAACAAAGGAGAGAGACGCUUAUCCAGUGGAGCACAGCUGUAAAGAACUUUCCGUGUACAUACUAACCAGCUUAUCCUUCUUUGUAUCGUGCUCGGGAGUUCCCAGGAGUUUUUUGAAUACUGUGUAUGACGAAUAAUUACACUUACUGAAUGGUGUGAUAGCAAAGAUCUAUUCCUCGUUUUGAGUUUCUUGAUUUUAUAUUUAACAAAAGUCUAAUAUCAGAAAUGAUGGAAAUCAAUAUGCCAAACCCUUUUAUUUUGUAUUCUCUGAUUCUUUCAAAAUGUGGUUGCACCAGUCUGUCAACACUCAUGUCCGUCAAACGACACACAUCGUAUAUCGUGGUAACAUAGAGGUAAAUAUGAAUGCCAAUUUUUUUUUUUUUUUUUUUUUUUUUGUAAAUACAAUAUUUUAUGUUGGUUACUUUUUUUGUUCCUCAAAAGAUUUAUUUAGAGUUCAAACACAAAAGAGAAAUGUCAUAUCUAUAUUACAGUAAAAUCUGUUCAUGAUAUUAUAUAUACGUGCAGAGUUUUGUGUUUAGAUCUCAUGACGUUUGAUUGUAUGAGAUGUUUCCUUUCUGUCUCAGUGAAAAUACUUUUUUGUUUUUGUUUUGUUUUGUUUUUUAGCAGGAUCAGGGUUUAGCUCAUCAUCACGGCAGCUUUUUUUUUAAUUCAGAAUGAGUGAAAGCAAGAGCUUUUACUCAUUCAGGUGGUUACUUUGAUUUUCUUUGCCAAACGCCCAAGUCUUAUUUUCUUUUUUUUUUGUUUUAUUUUUUUUCUUUUUGCUUCUAAUGUGUGACUUUGACCUUUUCUUUGUUUGCAUCUUACAUCUCUGGUGGACAUUUAGUGCAUGCAUCGCUGGAUAAAACAAGUGCCAGAGGAGGCAGCUUUAACAGAAACAAUAUAUCAUGAAAUUAUCUGGAGUUAUUUGAGAUUUAAUCCAAGCAUCGGGGCGUCUGAAGCAGCACGAAACAAGACAAACUAACAGUUGUCAGAACAAAUGGGGCUGAGGUUAGGAUGAUAAUUGGCUUGUGAGUCCACUGUGCCUUCGAGGUGUUGAGCCAUAUCGCCUUUCCCCMCCGACUCUACUGAACUAAAAACUUCCAACACAAACUUGAUUGCUGCUGCAUGAAAUCUCUGCAGGUUUUAUUUUUUAUUUUUUUUAUUUUUUUGCUUCAGUGGUGCUUUUUUAGUUUCCCGGGUUUUAAUUCAGUGAAAAAAAAGAAGAAAUUCUCGACUUGGCUGUUUCUGGUGCAGCUCUGCGACAAACAGGUUUACAUUUAUUCUGUCGCAAAAAUGGAUGCAUUUUUUUUUUAAAAAACGCCUGAGUUUUGUACGAAAGUGACAAUUUUCAGACGAGGAGGCACAAAAACGAGCUUCAUCUUGUUCCACGUUCAAAUGUUCUGUUUUCUAACCAUGUUUUUCCCUCUCAGUUCUGUUUACUUGUGUUGCUGUUUAAACCAGCUGCCAACUAUGUUUUGUGUGUGUGUGUGUGUGUGUUAAUUUUUUUUAUGUGUCCAGUCGGUCAAAGAUCUCCCACUCACUUGCAUGGCCUCGUUGUGGUUCACGUCAUCAGAGACACCCGGUCAGCCUGCUCUCUGCUGAGGCCUCAAACUUCCUCUGUUCUCGCACCACACAACUUCUCACGCACACACACACACACACACACACACACACACACCCUCAAACUGUGAUCUGACCGUUGGUGGAAGUGGAUUAUCAGUGCUGACAGACUAAACCAUGAUGCAUAUGUUUAGCUUUUGGUUCUAUUGAGUUUAAUAAAAAGUGUUUGAUCAAUAAAA